ACACGCAUCUUACUGGAUAUCUUCAUCUUAUAUAAUUCUUAAGCCCCCCCCCCCCUUGUUUUGUGACUGAGAAAUUUGUAGCUACCUAGCUAGCUAGAUCAGAUCAAGCAAUUUUCUUUAGAUUUAAUUACCCUUUUACCCUUUUCAUUUCUUCACCCCCUUCUCUCGUGUGUGCUGCUGGAUGCCAACUUCACUUGAUCUUCCUCUUCAACUGCUUGGUUUUAAGGCCAGUUAACCGGCUAAAUGGGGAAGAUACAAAUUUGUUUUGUGCUUCUUAUGUUAUUUGCUUAUUUAAUUACCGCGAAGGCAGAGAUAUACAUAGUAACUGUUGAAGGGGAGCCUGUAAUAAGUUACAGAGGUGGCAUUGAUGGUUUUGCAGCCACUGCCGUGGAAUCGGAUGAGGAGCUUGAUGUCACCAGUGACUUGGUUACUUCCUACCGGCACCAUCUUGAGCAGAAACAUGACAUGCUUCUUGGAACACUUUUUGACCAUGGGACGUACAAGAAGCUCUACAGUUAUCGACAUUUAAUCAAUGGAUUUUCAGUCCAUAUUUCUCCUGAACAGGCAGAAGCUCUUAGACAAGCUCCUGGCGUGAAGUCUGUUCACCGGGAUUGGAAGGUCAGGAGACUGACCACACACACUCCUCAAUUCUUGGGGCUCCCAACUGGAGUAUGGCCUACUGGGGGUGGCUUUGAUAGGGCAGGAGAGGACAUUGUGAUAGGAUUUGUGGAUUCUGGAAUCUUCCCCCGCCAUCCAAGCUUUGGAAGCCACAACACCUUUGGCCCUCUUCCAAAGUACAGAGGAAAAUGUGAAGUUGAUCCAGAUACAAAGAUGGAGUUCUGUAAUGGGAAGAUUAUUGGAGCCCAACACUUUGCUGAAGCUGCAAUUGCAGCUGGUGUAUUUAAUCCUGCGAUUGAUUUUGCUUCUCCACUGGAUGGUGAUGGACAUGGAAGUCAUACUGCCGCUAUUGCCGCUGGAAAUAAUGGGAUUCCUGUGAAUAUGCAUGGCUAUGAAGUCGGUAAAGCAAGUGGGAUGGCUCCUCGUGCAAGGAUUGCUGUGUACAAAGCACUCUACAGGCUUUUUGGGGGGUUUGUCUCCGACGUAGUAGCUGCCAUUGAGCAGGCUGUUCAUGAUGGUGUGGACAUUCUUAAUCUCUCUGUGGGCCCGAAUGGUCCUCCAGCUACCACAAAGACCACAUUUUUAAAUCCUUUUGAUGCUGUACUUCUUUCUGCCGUGAAAGCUGGAGUUUUUGUUGCACAGGCAGCUGGAAAUGGGGGCCCUUUCCCAAAAACAGUGUUGUCCUACAGUCCAUGGAUAGCAUCUGUAGCUGCUGCAGUUGAUGAUCGUACAUAUAAAAAUCAUUUGACCCUGGGAAAUAAGAAGAUACUUCCUGGAAUAGGCCUGUCACCUGCUACUCAUGCCGAUAGAACAUAUACCUUGGUUGCAGCAAAUGAUGUUCUCUUGGAUUCCUCAGCAUUCAAGUACAGCCCUUCAGAUUGCCAGAAGCCGGAGGUGUUAAACAAGAACUUGGUAGAGGGAAACAUUCUUCUUUGCGGUUAUUCCUUCAACUUUGUUGUUGGUACUGCAUCAAUUAAAAAAGUCUCGGAAACCGCCAAGAGUCUUGGUGCAAUUGGGUUUGUUAUUGCUGUUGAAAAUUCUUCACCAGGAACAAAAUACGAUCCAGUUCCUGUUGGUCUUCCAGGGAUACUCAUCGCAGAUGUUAGCAAGUCAAUGGAGCUUAUAAACUACUAUAAUAUCUCUACAUCAAGAGAUUGGACUGGACGAGUAAGGAGUUUCAAAGCAGUAGGAAGCAUAGGAGAUGGCAUGAGGCCGAUACUCCAUAAAUCUGCACCACAAGUAGCAUUGUUCUCAGGCCGAGGACCCAAUAUCAAAGAUUAUAGCUUUCAGGAAGCAGAUCUUCUUAAACCAGAUAUUCUAGCUCCUGGUUCUUUAAUUUGGGCUGCUUGGUCACCAAAUGGGACUGAUGAAGCAAAUUACAUCGUUACAUUUUCUCAAGAAAAUUGCUUUCAGAACAACGUUUUGACGUCAUAUAAUUCCGCCAACCUAAGUUACCCGGACACGGGUAUGGGUAUCGGACAUGGGUACAGAUCCAAGAGUCAGAUUCGUAGUUUUAGGAUAAUUAGGAUUCGUGGACAUGGAUCCGGAAUUAGACUCGGGUACGGGGACUUGAUACUUAAGCUCCACGCAAGUGCUGGAUUUGCUAUGAUAUCUGGGACUAGCAUGGCUGCACCACAUAUAGCAGGAAUUGCUGCUCUCGUAAAGCAGAAGCACUUUCACUGGAGUCCUGCAGCCAUCAAAUCAGCCUUGAUGACAACAUCAACUACUCUUGACAGGGCAGGGAGGCCUCUUCAAGCCCAACAAUAUUCUGGUUCCCAAACCGUGUCACUUGUCCCAGCUACACCUUUUGAUUAUGGAAGUGGCCAUGUAAAUCCCAGAGCUGCUUUGGAUCCCGGGCUCAUAUUUGAUGCUGGUUAUCAAGAUUAUCUAGGCUUCUUAUGCACUACACCUGGAAUUGAUUCUCAUGAGAUACAGAAUUACACGAGCUCGCCGUGCAACUACACGCUUGGCCAUCCAUCUAACCUAAACUCUCCAUCUAUAACAAUUUCCCAUCUUGUUGGAACUCGUACUGUCACACGUACGGUGACAAAUGUUGCUGAGGAAGAAACUUAUGUAAUAACAGCUAGAAUGGAGCCAGCCGUGGCUAUUGCUACUAACCCUUCCGCUAUGACUCUUAGACCUGGUGCAUCAAGGAAAUUCUCGGUCACCCUUACAGCUAGAUCCUUGACCGGUACAUACAGCUUUGGAGAGGUCUUGUUAAAAGGAAGCAGGGGACACAAGGUCAGGAUCCCUGUAGUAGCUAUGGGUUAUGAGCGGUAGUUCCGGGGGUGGGGAUCUCACUUAUUAUGGAUGUGAUAUUCUUUGUAAUAUGUGGCAAUAAGGUAUUUUACAAUAAAUGUUUUUAAAUAAUGAUGAUAUACAUAUAUAAUAUGAAAAUGUAAAAAUUAGUAGUCAAGUGGGGAGAACUUUACGUUUAUCCUAUUAAGUUUUGACAAGUGGAUUUGUAAUAUGGUGGACAGCCUUGUAUUUUCCCCAUUACAGAAUUUAUAAAACAGUAGCCUUUGGGGUUGCACUCUA